GAUUCAGAAGGCGUUUCUGAGCAAAGGGUUUCGAGGAAUAUGGCUGAUGUUGGUCAGAACAACCCCGCUGAUUUUCCAGCUCUUCCAACCCACGGUGGCCAAUACGUUCAGUAUAACAUUUUUGGGAAUCCCUUCGAAAUCACCUCCAAAUAUCGUCCUCCGAUUAUGCCUAUUGGUCGCGGCGCAUACGGAAUCGUUUGUUCUGUUUUGAAUUCGGAGACCAAUGAAAUGGUUGCGGUUAAGAAGAUUGCUAACGCGUUUGAUAACCAUAUGGAUGCGAAGAGGACGCUCCGUGAGAUUAAGCUUCUACGCCAUUUGGAUCAUGAAAAUGUAAUAGGCAUAAGAGAUGUGAUUCCUCCACCUUUACGGAGAGAAUUCAAUGAUGUCUACAUUUCGACUGAACUAAUGGAUACUGAUCUUCACCAAAUAAUCCGCUCCAAUCAAAGUUUAUCAGAAGAGCAUUGUCAGUAUUUCCUUUAUCAGAUUCUCAGAGGACUGAAAUACAUACAUUCGGCAAAUGUCAUUCAUCGAGACUUGAAACCGAGCAAUCUAUUGCUUAAUGCAAACUGUGAUCUUAAAAUAUGCGACUUUGGUCUUGCUCGACCAACUUCAGAAAAUGAAUGUAUGACGGAAUAUGUUGUGACAAGAUGGUACAGAGCACCUGAGCUUCUUUUGAACUCUGAUUAUACAGCUGCUAUCGAUAUAUGGUCUGUUGGUUGCAUCUUUCUGGAGCUUAUGAAUAGAAGGCCUUUAUUUCCAGGCAGGGAUCAUGUGCAUCAGAUGCGAUUAUUGACCGAGCUUCUUGGCACACCAACCGAGUCAGAUCUUGGUUUUAUCCGAAAUGAAGACUCGAAAAGAUAUCUUCGGCAGCUACCUCCACAUCCUCGUCAGCCAUUAGCAACGGUUUUUCCACAUGUUCAUCCGUUAGCAAUUGAUCUUGUGGAUAAAAUGUUGACAUUUGACCCAACAAAGAGAAUUACUGUUGAAGAAGCAUUAGCACAUCCAUACCUAGAAAGAUUGCAUGACACAGCCGAUGAGCCGGUUUGCUCAGAGCCAUUCUCGUUUGAGUUUGAGCAACAAUACUUAGACGAAGAACAGAUGAAGGAGAUGAUUUACAGAGAGGCAUUGGCACUCAAUCCAGAAUUUGCAUGACCAUAAAAGCAUUCGUGCUCGAAGUGUCGUCUUCCCGAGUAAUGACGACUUUGCAUAUACAAGAUAACAUACAAUGAAGAUAACGGCUCAGAUUGGUGUACAAAGUGAAAUCAAAUCAGAUAAGAGCUUUGUAUGUUGAAUUGGCUAACUUAUCUGUUUCAUUCAUCUAUCAGCUCUUAUUAAGAAUACCUUAAAUUGUUAGUUUAUUUUUUUGUCCCACGUUUGAUCCUUUAAGUUUAUGUU